GCAUAAGAAUGAUAUGAGAAUAUUAACAAAUUAUUGUGAAACUCGUCAGUAUAAAUUUCAAAGGAAUAACGCAACAAUAAGUAUUAGUUUAACGACGAUCUCGAUAUGAGUUAUCCUAAUUAUCCGGGAGGCUAUCCUGCCAAUAAUUAUCCACCUGCUUAUGGUCAACCCUCUUAUCCUACAACUUACCCUGCUCAACCUGCUUACACAAAUCCCCCUGUUGGUUAUCCAGCGUAUCCUCCAGUAACUAGGACUGAUGUGGUUAUACAAGAGAAUCGCUGUGGAGAGACUAUUACGGUAACAGAAAGAGUUGUCCAACCUCCACCCCCACCUGUUUAUGUACCUCCUUCGGCUCCCACAACAACUGUAAUCGUAGAAGAAAGAGAGAAUCAUAGAGGAGGAGGAGGAGGAUUUGCAGCUGGUGUUGCAUUAGGUAUGGCAACAGAAGCGGUGAUAGAUUCUUUGACGCACGAUAAUCGUCAUCAUCACCAUCACCAUCAUCACCGUCAUCACCACGGUCAUCACUGGUAAAAUGACGAGGAAUAGGUUGAAUUUCGUCGGACAAUUACAAAGAAAUUGCCGAGUUGUAUAAUGUUAUUGAUGAACAAUUAAUGAUGUAAGGAAUGCGGAUUUAAUAUUAA